AACGUCCAGUUAUCGGUGUCGUGCGCAGUUAGCGCUUGGAAGUGGGAAGCUGUAGAGCUUUCCCUCAAGUCUAACGGCACUCCGAGUACCAGCAGAAAGUUGCUUAGAAGUCUGUAAUACCACUUUUCUGUCCGUCGUAGUGUAGAGUCGGUCAAGAUGCUGCGUUGCUGAGACUACGUACGACCUUUUCGUGGAGCCCCGCUCUCCAACCGUCUAACCCUCCCCCUCCCUUUCUCCCUCACCCCUCCUCUUUUCCUCUCUCUCGACUCACUUCUCGCACCUGGAGUGUCCACUACGGCAAACAAUCAGCAAACAAGACAGCUCGGGUAAAAGAAUCGAACUCGCACAAGACUCAGACUAGCUGUAAAGAUCUGUGAAGAGAUGGUGUCCGUGCAACACCCUGCCGCGGCAGCUGCCUUCUGGCCGGCAGGCGGGGCUCACAGUCACGUAUUCGCGGCCUUCCCAGCCGUGGCUUCGGCCCACCAGGUCGGCUCUCUUGUGCCGCACUGGCACCAUCAUCACCAGCACCUCCCGAACGUCAGCGGAUCGUGUGUAAGCGUGUCAAGCCACGCUCUCGCUCAUCAUCAUCUCCACCACGGACCUACCCCCGUCGGUACGGCGGGAGACGGCGGACUGGGAAGCCUCGGACAAGCGCUAGCGUCCUCGGCCGCGGCUUUCCUUGCCCCGCAGCCUCCUCCCCCCAUGGUCGCUCCCCUGACCCACCCUCACCACGUUCUGAUGAGCCCGCGUUCUUUCGCGGCGGGAAGAACCGUUCUCUCGCUCCCGUCGCAACAGCCGGUCACAACCGUGAACCCAGAGCAACCCAUAGGCUACGGAUCCUUUGGUGUAGUCUGGUCGGUGGUAAACUCUAGGACAGGUCAGAGAGCGGCACUCAAGAAGAUUCCAAGCAUCCACCAGUCUCUGCUCGGCUGCAUUAGAACGUUCAGAGAAGUCAAGAUCCUGUGUGAACUGGACAAUGAGAACUUGCUGUCUGCCACUGAUCUCAUUCAACCACCUGUGUUAGAGCACUUUACUGAUGUGUACAUCAUGUCUCCUCUCAUGGAGAGUGAUCUCCACCAGAUAAUAGUGUCAGCACAACAGCUCACAGAGGACCAUGUCAAGGUUUUCGUCUAUCAAGUAUUGAGAGGUCUCAAAUAUCUCCACUCUGCUGGCGUGAUCCACCGAGACCUGAAACCCGGGAACCUCCUCGUGAACAGCAACUGUCUGCUAAAGAUCUGCGACUUUGGUUUCGCCCGUGCCAUCGAACCGGACCGCAACACCCCGAUGACACUGGAGGUAGUGACGCAGUACUACCGUGCUCCGGAGCUCCUCGCAGGCUGCAAGCACUACGACACGGCCAUAGACAUGUGGUCUGUCGGUUGCAUCUUUGCAGAGCUGCUCGGCAGGAGAAUCCUAUUUGAAGCCUCCAACCCAACUGCACAGCUGGAGAUGAUAACAGACAUCCUGGGAGCCCCGAGUCGAGAAGACGUGGCCCACGUCACCUCUCGCCACGCAGUCAAGAACCUUCUCUCUCAGGCCAAGCCUCGGGCCCUCAGCAAGCUCUACGCUCUCUCUCCGACUGUGUCACACGGAGCAGUCCACCUCCUCUCUCAAAUGCUGGUCUUCAACCCUUCAAAGAGAAUAUCGUGUGUGGAUGCACUUGACCACCCUUACCUGGAGGACGGGCGCAUGCGCUACCACACGUUCCUCUGCUCCUGCUGUCACGGAUCCGGGGCCGCCUCCCGCCAGUACUGCACUGACCUGGAGCCUCUGGCCAGCAAGAGAUUUGACCCCAGCUACGAGAGAGAGCUCACCACACUCUUCAAGGCCAAAGCUGAGCUCCACUACUACAUCCGUAUGGUACACCCGCAUCGGCCGCAGGUCUUCAUCAACCCAAACUCGGAACAAUUCCAACGUUUUCAGAGCUGUUUGCCAGGUGUUCCGGCAGCCUCGCCGGCGCGUCCUUAGAAAAACUUUUUUACUCCCACCACACUAUCGUCACCCCACCACCUCCACCGAAAAAAGAGUUUGCUGAUUUAGGGUCUAAUUCUCCACGAAUGUCUUGCUGCUCUCCUCUGCUGCUGAAGGCUUCGUGUGUGUCUGUCGUUUUAUCGUCGUCUUCGGUUCUCAUUUUCCGUCCUUCUCUGCACCGAUCGAGUGUAUCGAAAACACCUAUUUAUUUCUCUUUUGUUGUUGUGUUGUUGUUGAUCACUCUCUCUGCGUGUGUAUGUUUUGGUGUGUGUAUCCUGACAUUAUUACUCGUCUGAGCCCUUGCACAAGAACACUGUUGCAGCUGUAUAAUUGUUGUGUACCCCCUGUCAUCAUUGCAUAUUAGAGCACACUACAGUUGUUUCAGUACCAGUGUAUUGUGUAAUCUGUCUGCCCCCAGUGUCUUGCUUCAUUCAACCCUUUAUGAAAUGCCCCUAUCAUUGUAUUGCCACUUACCCUUUGUGUGUGUGUUGAAUUAUCACUGAUUUGUGUUUCGUCACCGCUUCAGUGAUGGUCGGACACCUUUACAAACUGAUUUUUCUUCUGAAAAGACUCUUGCACUGUGUGUGUGUGUGUGUGACUACAACCGAUUGUUUUCCCCUCAUCCGCACCUUUCACCCUGUUAGUCUGUCUCUGUGUGUGUGUGUGUGCAAAUUGCUGUAGGUAUUUGCAGCUUUGUUUAGCUUCUCGUGUGUACCGUUUGUCGUCUGUUGACCGUCCAGCCCUCUGUGAGAGAGUGACUGACAGAUGCAUGGUUCACCACAAUUCUUGAGACAAGGACGACAUCUUCAAUCAAAGACAAGUCAAGAAACAUUACCACCUACCACAGCCCCAAAAUGUACCCUUCUCUCUCUCUCCUCUUAUCGACUGAUUCUCGUGUGACACAGUGUGGGUUUUCUCCAAUGGCCAGUCAAAGAAACUGAAGGAGUGACUCUUGGCUAUCACUGCACAAAUCUCCCGUGUUUUUGUCUGUUUUUGCCCGGCAGUAUUCCUUUAUCAUUUGGCAUUACUAAUCCGUGUAUCCACUGCUCUCUCUCCCCGUCUCCCUCUGUCGAUUGAUUCCUUUUCUUGAUUUUUGUGCCCCCAACCAGCCGUCAUAUCGACGGUGUUAUCAUUCAUUUACCAUUUGUUGUGUGCAUAUCUCUGGCAGUGCCGUGCCAUGCACGACUUGCCACUGUUGUACAUGAAGACAAGAUUUGAACAGAAAGUCACUUGACGCAAGCCAAACACAA